AUGCGACCACGGAGCAGAAGGCGGCAAACUGCUUGGUUGCGCAAACAUGGGACACCGGUAUCCUCGACAAUUAUUCGUCAUGGGGACGAAUGCAACGAAUCGUCGCGUACUGUCUGAGGUGGAAGAGGACCAACUACAACAAGGGAAGCCUCACCGCCUCGGAGAUCAGGAGCGCCCACGACGCAAUAAUAAGGCUCCUCCAACAGGCACAUUUUGCCGACGAACUGCGGCGCCUAUCCAAAAGCGAUACCGACGUCGGAGGAAAAUUGCAGCGCCUAGCUCCCUUCCUGGACAAGGACGGCGUCAUGCGAGUCGGAGGCCGAUUGAAGCACUCGGCUAUCCCGUUCCCACAAAGACACCCCAUCAUCCUGCCGAAGGCGCAGGUAACCCUACUCAUUGUUGAAACCGAGCAUCGAGCUCAAUUACACGCUGGCGUCCAAAACACGCUACAUGCCGUUAGGCGCAGAUACUGGCCCAUUGACGGACGAAACCAGGUAUGGAAGGCGCUGAGACCCUGCAUUCGCUGUCUACGAGCCCAACCACCGUCAGUGGAUUACGUGAUGGGUAAUCUACCUGAGGCAAGGGUCACCGAAUCUCGACCGUUCACGCACGUCGGCGUGGAUUACUGCGGACCGUUCUACAUUAAGGAACGAAAACACCGUAACCGCGCGAGAAUAAAGGUCUACGUCGCGGUCUUCGUUUGUCUCGCAGUGAAAGCCGUCCACUUAGAACUCGUGAGCGACCUCACCAGCGAAGCCUUCAUUGCUGUACUGAAACGCUUCAUCGCGCGACGAGGGUUCUGCGUGAGCUUGCACUCGGACAACGGCACGAAUUUCGUCGGAGCUAGUAACGAGCUAAAGGAACAUCGCGAACUUCUUCGAUCAGACGACCACCACCAAAAG